AUGAUCACAGGCGAAGCUAUUCCAGUUUCUAAAAGUCCAGGCGACAGGGUUAUUGGUGGAACUGUGAAUGAGAAUGGAUGCUUGUUGAUUAAGGCAACUCAUAUUGGAUCAGAAACUGCACUUUCACAAAUUGUUCAAAUAGUUGAAGCUGCUCAACUUGCUAGAGCUCCUGUUCAGAAGCUAGCUGAUCAGAUCUCAAGGUUUUUUGUACCUGCGGUUGUUGCAGCUGCUAUUGUGACAUGGCUAGCGUGGUAUAUUCCUGGAGCACUUGGAAUUUAUCCCAAAAGUUGGAUACCAAAAGCGAUGGAUGAAUUUGAACUUGCAUUACAAUUUGGAAUAUCGGUUUUAGUAGUAGCAUGCCCUUGUGCCUUAGGUUUAGCUACACCUACUGCAGUUAUGGUUGCCACUGGUAAAGGUGCGACACAAGGUGUCCUUAUCAAAGGUGGAAACGCACUCGAAAAAGCACACAAGGUUAACACAAUCGUAUUCGAUAAAACGGGAACGUUAACAUUUGGUAAACCUAAAGUCGUGAAUGACGUCAUCUUCUCCGAAAUUGAAAUGGAGGAGUUUUGUAAUAUUGCGAUUGCUGUAGAGGCGAAUAGCGAACACCCGAUAGCAAAAGCGGUUGUGGAACACGCGAAAAGCAAACUGUCGAAUCGGGAAUUUCAAACCUGGACCGGGACCGGUUCAGUGGUGAAGGAUUUUACGGUCCAACCGGGGGCUGGGGUGGGGUGUAAAGUCGGAGAAAAAACGGUGUUUGUUGGGAAUAAGAAGCUUAUGAGGUUGUCUAAUGUGGUGGUUGACGUGGAGGUUGAGGAUUAUUUUACGGAGAAUGAAAAACUGGCUCGCACGUGUGUUCUUGUGGCGGUUGAUGGGAAGGUUGCCGGUGGUUUCGCCGUCACUGAUCCGGUGAAACCGGAGGCGGCGCUGGUGGUUUCGUUUCUCCGGUCAAUGAAUAUUGAUAGUAUUAUGGUGACCGGUGAUAACUGGUCGACUGCAACCGCCAUUGCAAAAGAGGUUGGUAUUGAACACGUGUUUGCUGAGAUUGAUCCUUUGGGAAAAGCCGACAGGGUAAAAGACUUGCAGGCAAGAGGAAAAAUAGUUGCGAUGGUGGGAGAUGGAAUAAAUGAUUCGCCGGCGUUGGUUGCGGCGAACGUGGGGAUGGCGAUUGGGGCAGGGACUGACGUGGCAAUUGAGGCAGCUGAUAUAGUGCUGAUUAAAAGCAAUUUGGAAGAUGUGAUCACAGCCAUUGAUUUAUCUAGAAAGACUAUUUCUCGGAUUCAUCUUAACUAUGUGUGGGCCCUUGGUUAUAAUGUGCUUGGGAUGCCAAUUGCUGCUGGAGUUUUGUUUCCGUUCACUGGAAUCCGGUUGCCUCCUUGGUUGGCCGGGGCUCUCAUGGCGGCUUCUUCUAUCAGUGUGUUCAUUUUCUACCUCCGGCAACCUCAAAAUACCACCGGACCACCGCAAAACACCGUCGGACCACCGCACAUCACCGUCGACCACCACCACAUUUUCUCUCAAAAAACCGUCGACGGGGAUGAUGCAAUACAGAGAGAGCGCAAGAGAGACGGAGACGGAGCUUCCAUUGCCACGUGUUCGCAGAUCUACACUCCAGGUGGUGGUUGUCGGAGGUGGCUUCUUCUUCUCCACCCGAAAGAAAUGUACCCACCCUCAUUAGUCGUAUCUCUCAUGUCAAGAACAUCACCGGAAACCACCGUUGGGAAAGACAAAGAUGAUUUGAAGAAAGAUCCCCCUAGAAGCAGUCACCAUCGUCCUUCUCUCUAA